AUGCCAAGUACAUGCCUUAACCAGCGUAACCUACAACGUCCUAGUAACUUGAGAUGGCUCAGUGACAAAGGCGCGAACUUGCGGACCGAAAGGUCCGCGGUUCGAAUCCGACCUCUCGAUCCCGACUUUUUCUGUCUAGGCCUGGGCAACCUGGCAGUAUCUCAACCCUCAUGCUUCCUUCGGGUGGCACCGAAAAAGUGCUACAGCCGAACGAACAUCAUUUUGUUGAAUGUCAAAACGUGCAAGAGACUGAAUAAUGCACUCGGACCUUGCUGUCAAUUGUGCUGUGUGCGAAGCAGCGACCCGGGAUAUUCUUGGGGUCGACUAAUCCUUCUGGAGGAAGCUGCUGUGAAGCUAAUUAGAGCAAAGUACACCUUCGGCAACUGUAUCAGACCGCUGCUUCCCAGCUGUUUAAAACUUCAGCCCCUCUUGAGGAAAGUCCGCUGCACCCCCGUAUCCAAGAAGUACGAAGCCCAUAUCACUGGUGAAAUGAACUAUGGCAGUAGACCACCCUUUUCUCCUAAUGGAAGAAAGGGACUGCCACAGCAAUCAACAGGUCCGCUAAGCAAAAGCCGUGGACGAAAUACCCAUAUCACGGAUUCACGGAUUGAUACACAGGAUCGAGGCUUUUUCCCAAGUUUCCCGGGUCGGUUUUGUUCUUGUCGGUCAGUGGCUGUCGUUCACCUGAAAGGCACAAGUGAAAAAAGGGUAAGAUAUCAAAAAGAUGAAAGCUUAAAAGGAUUUAGGUAUCUGGUUGCACCUCACUGUGCCAGUAAAAUAUCGACUGAAAAGACAUCCACUGUUCUGUGGAUGAUUCGGCGCAUCUUGUUCUGUAUCGCUAACAUGGGCUUUCAUGUACCCUACGUGGCAUCAAUCGGGCGUUCUCGUGAAUACGCCAACCAAUCUGUUUACUCGGGAUACAAGAGGGGCGAUACUCUCGUUGUGAGCGUCCAACGACCCGCUUCCAAGAUGGUUGCUAUCCCCAAACCCUAUGCUGAUGAAAUCAUUUUUUGGGUGCCUGCACCCUUCCUCCUAGAGUACUUUCACCUCCGAGAGGACGAGAGGAUGUAA